AUGCAGACGGAGAAAGGGGAAGAGGUGUCGUCAUCCGACUCCCAAGUCCGCAUCACCGCCCUCACCACCACCGGCGACGGCUGCCCCGCCGGCACCUACUCCACCUCCAUCAACGCCGCCGGCACCAUUGCCACCCUCGGCUUCGACGCCUACCAGGCCGCCGUCGGCCCCGGCGUCCCCGGCUCCGACCGCGAGAAGCACUGCGAGCUCUUCGUCACCCUCCGCUACCCCGUCGGCUGCACCGUCGCCACCCUCACCACCACCCACCACGGCUUCGCCCUCGCCCAGUCCGGCGUCUCCGCUACCAUCGCCUCCACCUACAACCUCUCCCCCGGCUCCCUCACCAACGGCAGCCCCGCCAGCACCGUCCUCUCCGGCGCCGCGUGGGUCAACGGCGACACCUACACCCGCAACGACGUCACCCCCGCUCGUGUCUCCGUCGUCAGCCAGCAGCAGCGCGACGUCAGCUUCACCGUCCGCAGCAGGCUCUUCGUCUCCGCCAACAGCUCUACCCGCGAGGGUCUCGUCACCGCUGACGAUGUCACCUUGACCGUCACCAGCCAGGCUGCUUGCUAG